UCAUAGCAGUCAGUGUGUGUGUGUGAUUUUUUCCCUACGACGUUAAUAUUUUUGUGCUAUUUAUGAAAUUUUAACAACGUUUCUGGGGAUUUAAUCGCACUUUUAUAUUACUAAACCGGUGCUGGGGAAGUUACCGCAUGUGUUAAAAAGAAAACUACGUUAUAAAAAUGACUGCGUUAUUUGCAAAUUAGCGAUUCCCUUACAUUGGCAUUAAGGUGUCUUGUCGGGCUUCGGGCAGCAGUAAAAAAAAAACCAACAAAAAAAAAGCGUAAGCAUGGAAAAUGAACAGGAUGAACUCAGACAUCGACAGCACAUGCAGGACCAGCAUCGUAACCAGCAUCACGGCGUACCGAUUGGAUAUUCUGAUGUCAUGCUACAGCUUGGCUCCCGAGAAGCCCAACGAUCACCAUAUGCCGUCUACUUUGAACAGCCACGUGAAUCGCUGCCGGACAGCUAUGUAGUUGUGCCCUCCUAUCUUCAAUCAACAUCGCAGCAGCCGCAAACAGCGACUACUACUGCUUCUGUUGGUGGAGCUGGUAGUAGUGGUAGUGGUGGUGGUGGUGGUGGUGGUGGCGGUGGUGACGGUGCUGGUGCUGGUGCUAGUGGUGGUCCCAAUGGUGGUUAUGUACCCUUGUUUCAGUAUCAACCGACGUCCAGGAGUGUUAAUCGCGAGUCCUAUGCGGAGCCAGCGAGCUCAACUGGCAACAAGUGCUGGAAAUGUAAUGUCAUUCGCGAUGUAUGCCAUUGCAGUCGGCUGGUAGAAAGCAAUAGCAGCUACGCGGCACCCAUGGAGCAUGUGCAUUCCACUCAAUCGAAUGGCAAUGGCGCAGGUGAGCCAACGCAAUUCUUUGAACUCAGCUCAACAUCAACGGCAAGUGCCACAUCCACGUUGUCAGCGUCGGCGAAUAGUACCAGCAAUAGCCGUAGUGACAGCGGCGCAUUCAUUCCAAAUCACUCGCAACGUAAGACUGAAGUGGGUGUCCUGGCACAACAACAACUACAGCAUCAGCAGCAGCAGCAGCAUGAGUCACACACGCAACAUCAAGAGUAUGACAAUAGCACCAACAACAUCAACAUAAAUCCCAGCAACAGUGUGUCGCAUUUAGGUAGCAUCUGGUCCGCUGCCAUGGAUGACCAUGCUGUUGAUGAGCAAUUAAUGCAGCAGUCUAGAAAUAAUACAUCAUCGGCGGGCUAUGAGCUGCCCAGCAGUUCGGUUUUAAGCUCCCAUAACAGCAGCAGCACAAACAGCUCCUUUGAGGCAAGCAGCAGCAACAGUAAUAAUAAUAUUAACUCUCAUCUGGUUAAUGGUAAUGCCACUGCUUUUGAUGAUGUCACAUCCAGUGCAUCGGAUACGGAGCACGUGCAGUUUGCCAAUACGCGCACAACCAACACAACCACAACAACGUCAGCGCUGCAAAAGAAAAAGCAUCAAUCGAGUCGAAGUCGAAGUGGAAAUACAACAGCUGCGGCCGUAAAUGGUACAGUCAUUGACGCGACAGCUUCCGCUGCGACUUCCUCAUCGGUCAUUGAUCUGGAUGCUACGCCCAGCACCAGUGCCCAAGCGCAACAGCAGCAACAGCACCAUCGUAACCGUCAUGUCUAUCGGCAACGACGGUAUCCCAGCGAGCUAGAUCAUGCGGGCGACAACAGCAGCGACGAUGGCUGGGAUCUUCGCAUGCGUAAUGCAGCAACUGAAUCCACAGCUGGACGGCCGCAUAGUGCCCACAGCGAUUUGGAGGCCCGCCAUACGGAUCACACGUAUUUCAAUAGUCGUGGCUCUACAUUUAAUGGUCUACCGCCCCCACCUCCGCCAUCAGAUAGCAGCUUUAUGCGCUCCAAUUCUGCAUCCUGCACUACAGCUACUCACACCACCUGCAGCGUAGACUAUGGUGGUCGGGACAUCUGUGGCGUUCAUCGUCUGACCAGUGAUAGGGGUGCCGACACACCCAUCGCAGAGCAACAGCAGCAGCAACGAACAGCAGCUGUGCUUAAAUUUUGCUUUGGCUCGGGCGGGAUUGUGCGCACGCGUUCCCGUGUACGCUCAAUGGACGAGCCUAUUCUGGCGGCUAGCAGCAGCGGUAGCAGCAGCAAUCACAGUCUGAAUCUGCCACCCAGGAAGCUGUCACGUCUGGAAGCCCAAAAUGAUGUGCGACUGUCCUCCUCCUCCUCCACCAUGUCCAAUCUGUCGCCAACGAAUUUCUAUGCAUUUCAGCCAGGCCGUCAUCGCCAUCGCACCUAUGCGGAGUUGGCCCGGAGUAAUGAACAACAGGAGUCCCAGCAGUCUAUGGCGCAACCGCUGCAGCCGGGGAGUCAGCCAACAAGUGCCGGUUCCUGCGUAAUAACCUAUGUAGGUAGGCCGCGUGAUACAGAUGGCAGCCGAGCGGCAACCAGCACAAUGGAGCUGCCCAACCUGCCUUCCACUUCGACAGGCAGGCGACAACACUCUGGUUCACACACCAAUAACAAAGAUGCGGUGCUCACGGCGCCGGACCUGCAGCUAUUGGAUUGGUCUUCCGAUUCGAAUGACGAUGAUGACGAUGUGGUAUUUGUGCACUCCACACGUGAACCAAUACUCUCCAUCGAUCUGACAUCUGAUGAUGAUGGCUUUGGUGCCAGCAACGAGGCGGCGAUCCAGCAGCAGUUGCAGCAAACACGACAUCGUCAUCGACUGGAGCAACAACAGCAGCAACACCAACAGCAACAGCAACAGCUGCGGCAAUUGCAACUGCAGCAGCAACAAGAGCAGCGUCAGCUGCAACAUCAGCAACAUCAGCAACAUCAGCAACAGCAGCAACAGCAGCAACAUCAGCAACAGCAGCAACAACUACAUCGGCUUAUACGCGAUGAGCCACUCGCCAGUCGAACGGCGCCUAACAGCGAAAGCUUAAAUCCGCCUGCAGCUGGUUCCAAUACUGCCUCCGUGUCAGCAACCCUCCUACCGCGUCCAAAUUCGGCUAGCGAGUACGAAGAUCGACGACGUCAGCGCCCGGCGGCGGGCACAUCCUUUGCUUUUUAUACUGGCGCUUUAACGGAUCGCGUCGCCAUCACCGAUCACAACUAUAGCAGCUAUGAUCAUACGCCGGCCGCCAUGGGACCAAUUAUCAGUUUGUUGCCCACACGAUGUCCAGGCCUUGAAGCUGAGGCAGCGGCGGCGCACUCGCAGCGCUAUUUCCAGCCCAUCACGCCGCCACCCAUGUGGCAUUUUGCGCCGUUGCCAGAGGGGCAACCCCCGCCACAGGCACUGCCGCCAACGCCCAGUGCUAAUGCGGGCUCCUACGUGCAACAUACGUCAGCGGGUCCGGUUAUUGCAACGCCAGUGGCGCCGACUCCCGAGGCGGUGCCAAGUGAACAUGGCAGUCCCGCCGCUUAUUACCAUCGCUAUCAGCCGUACUAUGUGCCGCACUAUACAAUUACAACAUUACCAGCCAGCCAGAGCAAUGGCGAUUACUCGCCGGGACCGGUGACCAAUCCACAUUAUCAGGGAGGUCUGGCCAAUUCCACGGGCAGCAGUCGGAGCUCAAUACGUGGCGCACUAAACGCUGCUGCUGUGGCAGCUACUGUGGCCGCAGCACAAGCGCAAUCCUUCCAUGAUCUGUUAUCUUUGGCAUCCCCAGUCACCAGCAUGGAGAACAGUAGCAUGGAGGAUAACUAUCAUCAUCGUAGCCAAAUGUUAAACCGUGCAACUACACCUGUUGCCACUGCCGUUGCCACAGCCGCAGGUCCACCGCCGGUGAUGUCCUCCAUAGUUACUGUAGCGGCAGCUGUGUCGCCGCCGCCACCGCUCGAGAUGUAUUCCGGGCGGCCAACAAUGCAGUAUUGCGGCUCGCCACCGUUUAGCCUACGGCGCUCAGAUGCGUACCAUAAUCAUCGCCAGCACUAUCAGCCGCAGCCGCAUCAAGGCCAUCAGGCGCCGCAGAACCAAAUGCAUGCACACAUACAUCCGCCACAUCGGGCUAGUGCGAUUGUGGCUACGUCAUUGACGCCGGCCCCACCGUAUCCGGUGCAUCAGAAUCUGUGGUAUCGACAGCAGAGCAUGCAGGAGCUGCACCGUCGUCACAUGACACCCACGCCCAUUGAUCUCUCCUCGAAUCCAUUGAAUCUGACGAGCAGCCUGCGCACUCGUUAUUUGCACAGCAUUUGCAAUUGUGUGCAUGCACGCAAUGGACCCGUCUCCAGCCUUGAUCCUGCCUAUUAUCCGGCCUAUGACGCAGCUGUACAACAGCAGAGUUCCACGGCCACUGGGCCAAUCGAUGCCCAUCAGCCACCGCCGCCGCCGCCGCCACAGCUGGGAAUACAAUAUCAACAGCAGCAACAGCAACAACAGCAGCAGCAGCAACAGAUUCAGCAACAGCAGCAACAACAGCAGCAACUGCAACAUCAACAACAGCGACGUCGAGCUGCAGUGCACCAUCACAUGUUCCAUCAUUACUCACCGCUACACCUGGAAAUCGGGUUGGCCACGCCGCUCUCCUUGGGUUCCUCGCGCAUACUGAUUGGACCUCCCCGACCCAAUCGUGGCGCUACACUGGAGAUUAUUGAGCGCAACACUUUGCCUCACAAAUAUCGUCGAGUGCGCCGGCCCAGCGAAUCGGAUGAAGAUGCGGAAAAGUGCGCGAUUUGCUUGUCGCUCUUCGAGAUUGAGAAUGAUGUGCGACGUUUGCCCUGCAUGCAUCUCUUUCACACUGACUGCGUGGAUCAAUGGCUCGUUACCAAUAAGCACUGUCCAAUUUGUCGCGUUGACAUUGAAACGCAUAUGGCCAAGGAUGCAUUGGUAGCCAGCUCCAGUGGCGUUGCAGCAGCUGCCGCGGCUGCUGCAGCUGGCACUGCCGCCUUAUGACAUUGUGUACAUGGUUUACUCAUGUAAGACAUUAAUAACGACAAAAACAAACACAACAUCGGCUCUAAAUCCGCUGCAGAAUGCAGUAAAAGGAUAUGAUUUUCGGACUGAGCCCGUCAUGUUAAACAUUCUUGUCAGGGCCGACAGCAAGGCGCAGCAGCAGCAAAAGCAACAAGAACCAUAACCACUGAGAAACCAUGUUUUAAAAACAAGCCAAAAAAAUAUAAUAAUAAUAAUAAUAUUGCAUGCCGUGGAUACACUGGUGCAUCUGGAAACCACACGAAAACAAAUCGUCAAACGUCAGCCAAUUGGAACUGUGAACCCACCAUAACAGGCGAAAUCAGGUGUAAAAAAUUUGCUGCGUUGCGUUAAACUAUAUAUAUAUGUGAAUAUAUAUAUAUAAUAUAUAUAUAUAAACAAAAUGGACAAAAAUUAA